GGAUGGAAGCCGGGACCUUGGUGGCGGGGGCUCAGUGACAACAGGAAAGCACCAUGCCACCCCACCCCCACCUCGCUCUGCGCUCUGCGCUGAGCCUUUCCACCAAGCCCACCCAAAGUCUACUUGGGAAGGCAGAUGAGUCCAUACCAGGUGACAAAGAGUUAAGUCGGACCCGCCUAGCAACCCCAAACCGAGAAGCUUCUGCGACUAGACAGCAGCAUCCAUCAUUUUGUGAGCACGGAGUUGGGUCCAGAUGGAGUCCCGUCUGGGCCGCGCAGCUCGCUGAAGCCGCGAAGAGCCGCAGCAUCUGACCCUCCCGCCCCAAGUCCCGUCCCCACGGGGAAGGGGACCCCGUGCAGACCAACUGAGGCCAGUGCACAGGGCUGGACCCAAAAUAGGCCGGAAGCCGGCCUAGCCGCCAGGGUGCUAAAGGCUGGACCCAGGCUGCGGAUGCAGGGAGCGUUGCUAGGAGACAAGGUGAACCCUCAAUUCUAAGGAGCUUGGCACCCCACGCCUGCUGCAGCUAAGAUGCCAACGCAACGCUGGGCCCCUGGGACUCAAUGUAUGACCAAGUGCGAGAACUCACGCCCCAAGCCCGGUGAGCUAGCCUUUCGAAAGGGUGACAUGGUGACCAUCUUGGAGGCCUGUGAGGACAAGAGCUGGUACCGAGCCAAGCACCACAGCAGUGGGCAGGAAGGGCUGCUGGCGGCUGCUGCUCUGCGACAGAGGGAGGCCCUUUCCACAGACCCCAAGCUCAGCCUCAUGCCAUGGUUCCAUGGCAAGAUUUCCGGUCAGGAAGCCAUACAGCAGCUGCAGCCACCCGAGGAUGGGCUGUUCCUCGUGAGGGAAUCGGCCCGUCACCCUGGUGACUAUGUCCUGUGUGUCAGUUUCGGCCGUGAUGUCAUCCACUACCGUGUCUUGCAUCGAGAUGGGCACCUCACCAUUGAUGAGGCCGUGUGUUUCUGUAAUCUGAUGGACAUGGUAGAGCACUACACCAGGGACAAGGGCGCCAUCUGCACCAAGCUGGUGAAGCCCAAGAGGAAACAGGGCGCAAAGUCCGCAGAGGAAGAGCUCGCCAAGGCUGGCUGGCUGCUAGACCUGCAGCAUCUGACUCUGGGAGCACAGAUUGGAGAGGGAGAGUUUGGAGCCGUCCUGCAGGGCGAGUACUUGGGACAGAAGGUGGCCGUGAAGAAUAUAAAGUGUGAUGUGACAGCCCAGGCCUUCCUGGAUGAGACGGCUGUGAUGACAAAGCUGCAGCACAGGAACCUAGUGCGACUCCUGGGUGUGAUCCUGCACCACGGCCUGUACAUUGUCAUGGAACACGUGAGCAAGGGCAACCUGGUGAACUUCCUGCGCACGCGGGGCCGUGCGCUUGUGAGCACCUCUCAGCUCCUGCAGUUUGCUCUUCACGUUGCUGAAGGCAUGGAGUACCUGGAGAGCAAGAAGCUGGUACACAGGGACCUGGCUGCUCGAAACAUCCUGGUCUCUGAGGACUUAGUGGCCAAGGUCAGUGACUUUGGCCUAGCAAAGGCAGAGCUUAGGAAGGGGCUGGACUCAAGUCGGCUGCCAGUCAAGUGGACAGCACCCGAGGCUCUCAAAAAUGGGAGGUUCUCCAGCAAGUCGGAUGUCUGGAGUUUUGGGGUGCUACUGUGGGAAGUCUUCUCAUAUGGAAGAGCCCCAUACCCCAAGAUGGUGAGCAGCACCCCGGGGAGGGCAGCCUGUGCAUCCCGUGUCACUGACUGCCCCCACCCAUGCUACCCCCUACCCCCGUAUCUACAGUCGCUAAAGGAGGUUUCAGAGGCUGUGGAGAAGGGUUACCGCAUGGAGCCCCCCGACAGCUGCCCAGGCCCUGUGCAUACCCUCAUGGGCAGCUGCUGGGAGGCUGAGCCCUCGCGCAGACCACCGUUCCGCAAAAUAGUGGAGAAGCUGGGUCGUGAGCUCCGCAGUGUGGGCGUCGCAGCCCCCGCCGGGGGACAGGAGGCUGAGGGCUCAGCUCCCACACGGAGCCAGGACCCCUGACCCCUGAACUGGAAAGCAAGAGGACACAGAUGUAGGGUCACAGGGCCAGGGUGAGCCAGUGCACAGGCUCCGGAGCCCCUGGGAUCCCCGUUACUGGGACACCCCAUAAAGAGUGAUUGGAAGGAUUUUGUACAA